AUGGCCUCGACGUCGGGGCGGACGGCGACCACACACGGAACGACGCACGGCCUGCGCUCCAAGGCCACCAAGGGGGCCGCCACCUCGGACGACGAGGAUGACGACGGCACGGCCUCGACGUCGGGGCGGGCGACCACCGCGGGGACGGCCUCUACACACGGCACGACGCACGGCCUGCGCUCCUCUUGGCACACCGCCUCGACACAGGGGUCGGCGAUGACAGCGGGCGCGUUUUCGACAACGCCACGCGGACCCGCGGCGUCCUCGACAGAGGCCUCGGAAAACGGCAGUGCAGAGUCGGCCGACACGGAUGAGGCCACGAACGGCACCACUUCAGUUACCACAAGCUCCUCGAUAACAACUGCUACAGCCGGAACCACUAAUUCAUCCACCCAAACUUCGUCCCUUGGACAAACCGCCACCGCCACCACAUCAUCGCCAACCACCACCUCGGCCUCUACCACUUCAUCGCCAACCACCACCUCGGCCUCUACCACUUCAUCGCCAACCACCACCUCGGCCUCUAUCACUUCAUCUUCCUCUUCGACCUCUGAGGAUGACUCCGCGGACGAAACCUCUUCGGACGAUUCGGAUUCCCAGAGUCCAGCCGAGUCCACGAGCGCUUCCUUCCAAACAACGCUCGCAAUAUCAACAAUCCCAGGAGAAGCGUUGACGGCGUCCUCCGAGGCCUCAACCAAGACGUCGGAACCGACAUCCACGAUGGCGUCGUCAGAGAUGCCCGCCAGGACGACCCCACCAUCGUCCACGACGGCGUCGUCCGAGGCGCCUACGAGGACGUCAGCAUCGGCGUCCACGACGGCGUCGUCGGAGGUGCCUACUGCUAGGACGACCCUGCCACCGUCCACGACGGCGUCGUCUGAGACGUCCUCCAGGUCGUCCCGGUCGUCCACCAGGACCGCGUCGUCGUCCUCGUCCUGGCGCCCCUCUGGCAGCGCCACUGACGCCAUGGCUGACGUGUUCGGGUGGCGGGUACGUCCGACUGGUCUACGCGUGUCCUCGGCGUGUCCCCGGUGCCUCGCCCGCCAUGCUGAAUGCGGCCCUGCUCUGCCUGCCCGCAGAAGCCGGGCCAGAAGAUACGCCAAGGUGUUCGCGGCCUACAAGAAGGCCCACUUCGACGAGCUCUCCCUGGCCCCCGGUGACGUGCUCACCGAGCUGCAGCCCUACAGCAAGGGCUGGCUGAAGGGCUGCCUCCGCGGUCAGCGGGGCGUGUUCCCGAGCAACUUCGCCAGGGUAGCCAAAGCCUGCCCCGUGCCGGGCGAGCCAUUCAGCUUCGACAAGCCGGACGACGACGGUGGGUACGGGGUCCGGCCCACUCACCCAGACGUUAUUCACCCAAAACCCAACAGGCCCAAAGUCAAUACACCCACGGCCAAUUCACCCUCUAAAAUUCACCCGAGGUCCGUUAACCCUUUCUCGAUCUCACCCACGUCAAAAUAA